UAGCUUUCUUCCUUCUGCGCUUCCACUAACGUGUAUAUAACUCAGCGCUGAUAGAGACACACAUGUAUAUACACACACACCACUACAUGAUCUUCGUCAUGGGUCACCUGGGCUGCUUCGUGGCGACGGUGGUGUUAUCGUUGGCGUCUUCUUCAGACGCCACCCUUAUCUUCGACGCCACCCACGUGAAGGUGAUAACGGGGGAGUCGCUGGCACUUAACUGCGGCGUCGAACAGGACUUCCGUCACUGUGUCUGGGAGAACGACAGAGGAAAUAUAUUUCAGGUAGAGGAUGUCCACACUGGCUUUCACCAUGGGAUGAGAGCUCCGGAGGACCUCACGAACAACCAGUGCGGCAUUAUCAUUGACUCUGUCAGUAAUGAGGAUCUUGGAGAGUGGAGAUGCACUGUGCACCUACCUGGCCGGUCACUGACAGGCUCAAGGAGAGUUGAAAUAACAGAGGCGGAAGAAUGCCUUGGGUCGUUUUUGAGGUUGGGAGGAGAGUGUUAUUACUUCCAUGAAGACAGUGCAAUGAACUGGCAAGACGCCCGCGACUACUGUAGAUCCUUGGGGUCACUGGCGGACCUGGCUGUAGUGAACGACUGUCAUCAGUUAUCUCUUAUCUGGAACCACAUCCUCAUGUACUAUGAAACAACUUGGCACUGGAUCGGCGGCAACGACAAGGAAGAGGAAGGUUCUUUUUAUUUUGUGGAUGGAAGCGCAGUACCGGAGGGAACACCUUUCUGGCGUCCUGGGGCUCCAGAAAGCGAUGGGGACUGUCUUAAUUUAUCCGAGAAACACGGAUAUUUCAACGAUUAUCCCUGUGAUAAUGUAGCCCCUUUUAUCUGCCAACAAUUAUCUGAACAAUAUGUUUGAUAAAGUCAAUACUGAACUGAUGAAGUUAUGUAUAGCUACCGCUGACGAAGUUAUUCCCCACCACAAGUGGCAAAAUUACAUACAGCCACUGAUGGCGAAACUACUUACCGCCACCACAGGUGAGCCAAGCAAUGCAACCAUUGGCGAAGCUAUAUUCUUUCAAAACUGGCGAAGUUAUACGUCGCCGCCGCUACUGGCCAUCUGCAACCAUUGUAACUAAAUAUAUUGACUUGAAUUAUCAAGAAUUUUGAGUGCGAGUAAAAGGAAGUUUUUUGACCAGUUAUCUUACGGAAACCAAUAAACCCUAUUUUUUCUCAAAUUGCUAUACAAAUAGUAAAACAUGCACAUACACAGCCUAAAAUUCUUCUUCUGAUUAGAUCCAUCAAUGAUGAAAGCUUGAAAAAGUUUUAAAAAUUGACAGUAAGUUUGAAGCCGCUCGGAACUUUCUCGUAGAAGUGUAGUUUCACAGAAAUCGCUAUGUUAUUUUACUUAUGAAAUUGGCAGAUUGGCAGUGACACAUCUUAAUAACAAUACGAACCUUUCGCUUACUAACAAUCACCGGCAUUGAAAAUUUUAAAUUAAUCAGGUGAAGCAUUCUCAAGGUAUUGCAUGAUAACCUUGGAAGAAGGACAAUCAACAAUCAUUCAAGAUAACGGGAUUCCCUAAUUAUUCUUUCAAAUGUAAUUUCUCCAGAUUUUCCAAGUAUGAUUAUAAUCUCAAAUGACCGCAUGAAAUCCAUAGAUGUGCUCCUCAGUCUUGGUAAUAGGCUUCUUAGAAUGUGCCAUAUACAUUAUACCUAACUACCUCUACCAGUCUGGGUACCAUGCAGUUUUUGUUAGUAUGUUACAACUUUCAUGUCAAUACACAUCGAUAUUUCAAACCUAUCCUUAAUAAAACAAUGCAAAAAAAAAAGGGAAAUUAAGAGAAUUUAAAUCCAAAAUUCACAGAUUUGCAACACUAAAUGACGUUUUAUUUUGAUACAAAUGUUUCGAGAAGUAGGUACGCUUUUUGGAAAUUACAAAAAAUAGGUCCAUGGCAGUGUACCUGCAUACAUACUUCACCCUCAUGCCAUUAAGUAUAUCUAGAUAUGAUACCGCAUAUUUUUAACAUAGAGUAAACAACAUUAUAGCUGACUGGUAGAAACUUGACAAAGAAAAACUAAUAAACGUCCCCAUGUGUCAAGAAAUUGAACAUAAAACUAGAAAAUGAGAAACAGAUAAACGCUGUGAACCUGCUUUCAUUUCCCUUCCUGGUUUACUUUCUCAAACUGCUUCCUAGACUAAAAAAUGAACACAAGACUGAUUCCUUCCAUUUCUUUCCAGCAAUAAACACAGUUUUGUAAUUUUUAGUCAGCUAGCGAA